AUGGUUAACGUUCCAAAGACCAGAAAGACUUACUGCAAGGGCAAGGCCUGCCGCAAGCACACCCAGCACAAGGUGACCCAGUACAAGGCCGGUAAGGCUUCCUUGUUUGCUCAGGGUAAGAGAAGAUAUGACCGUAAGCAGUCGGGUUUCGGUGGUCAGACCAAGCAGAUCUUCCGUAAGAAGGCCAAGACUACCAAGAAGGUGGUUUUGAGAUUGGAGUGUCUAAGCUGCAAGACCAAGGCUCAGUUGCCUUUGAAGAGAUGCAAGCACUUCGAAUUGGGUGGUGAGAAGAAGCAGAAGGGCCAGGCUCUACAGUUCUGA